AUGGAUAACAUGGAUAAUUGUAGUGUGGCAAGCUUUAAUGAGAAGGAAAUAGAAAACAAUUUGAAAGACUUAUUGGAGCGGGUCUUAUUAAAAAUAGAGAAUUUCAUUGAAACCAAAGAGGAAUUGAAUUAAGUGGAAGCUGAAUUAAAAGACUAUGAAAGUUUGUCUCAUUUGAUCGGUAUAAUCAAGGCAGUUUUUACAAACCUUAUGAUGAAAGUGGAUAAGAAAAUAUCCAAAUUCGAGAAGUAACUUGAUCCAAACCGUUCAAUGACCAAAAGUUUGAGGUCGGAUGAGGAAUACGAGAAGUUAGAGCAAACAUUAAUCAAGUAUGAGAGCGAAAUCAGAAAUCACAUCAGAAUUGAAUAAUAACUCAAGUUAUAUGCAGAGUCUAUUCAAAAUAAGUUAGACGAGAGUGAAUCAAAUAGAGUUGAGCUUCUUGAAACCACGAAGAAGUUGAUUAGUAAUUUAAAAAGAGAAAAUUAAACUUAUCAUGAAACUUAGCACAAAUUAAACAUGGAGAUUGUUAGCUUAAAAUAAAUUAUUAAUAAUUUAGAAAAAGAGAAUAGGAGGAAAUCCUAAGACUUCAGUUAUAGAGAUAAUUUAAAGCCUUAUUCAAAGAAAAACCAAUAACCAGUUAUUCAACAAUUACAAUUUUAAAAUUAAAGAAAUUAAAAAUCUUGUUCUGAACACAAAUUGAAUUCUUAAAUCAAUCAUACCUCCUUCACUCUUGAAAACAAUGAAAUACCAAUCAAAUCCUAACCCUCUCUAAAACAAAACUAUUACAACAUAAUCAAUUAUGGAAAUUAAGCCAACAAAGUAGAUGUUCUUAAGGUUAUUCAAUAAAAAGAUUUGAACAAAAUUUAUGGAUAAAAAUUAAAAAGCAAAAACAAUUCACUCUCUACAAUUCAAGAUAUAAUCCAAAGUAUUUCAGUACAAGACAGAAAAAAAGGAAUCAUUAGCCAACCAGUUUCUAAAAAUAGUUCUCAAGACAAUAGUUAAAUCCAGAAAUAUAAAGAAACAUGUGAUUAGAGUAGAAGUAAGAGUUCAAGAAGAGCUAACAUAGGCACUAAGCAAAUUUAAAUUGAAUCUCAGAUAAAAUUAACUAGUUGA